CACGGAAAUACUUUUUUGCUCCUCUCCCCUUCCUCUAUCUUUAUUUGUUCCCCCCCUUUUUUUUUACUGAAAUGGUGCUUGUUACUCGUAUUACUCAGUUACUCGGUAUUAAGCAUCCCAUUAUUCAAGGAGGAAUGCAGCAUGUUGGAAAAGCUGAACUUGCUUCUGCGGUUUCUAAUUCAGGGGCACUUGGUAUUCUCACUGCCUUAACUCAACCAACACCCGAAGACCUACGAAAGGAGAUUCGUAGGUGUCGUGAGAUGACAGAUAAACCAUUUGGUGUCAAUAUGACCUUUUUGCCUGCUCUCAGGUUACCUCCUUAUAAGGACUAUGCUCAAGUCAUUAUAGAAGAAGGGGUAAAGAUUGUAGAGACAGCGGGCAACAAUCCUGGAGAGUUUAUCAAGAUGUUCAAAGAUGCAGAUAUCAAGACGAUCCAUAAAUGUGUUGCUGUACGACAUGCCUUGACGGCUCAGAGAUUGGGUGUGGAUGCUGUGUCUAUGGAUGGAUUUGAGUGUGCUGGUCAUCCAGGAGAAGAUGAUAUCACAGGGCUCAUCCUGUUGGCCAAAUCAGCACGAAAGCUCAAUAUCCCUUUUAUUGCCUCUGGAGGUAUUGGUGAUGGUCGCGGUCUUGCUGCUGCUUUAGCAUUGGGAGCAGAAGGUGUUAACAUGGGUACACGCUUCUUGUGUACAAAGGAGGCACCUAUUCAUGAAGCGAUCAAGCAAAAGAUGGUAGAGGCAGAUGAACGAUCGACUGCACUUGUUUAUAGACCCUUUAGAAAUACAGCACGCAUAUUCAAAAAUAAGGUAGCCGUUGAAGUCAAUGAGAUAGAAAGAACAAAGGAGGAUCUCAAGUUUGAAGAUAUUGCUGAACUUGUGUCUGGUACCAGAGGAAAGCAAGUGUUUGUCAAGGGAGAUCCUGAUUUGGGCAUCUGGAUAGCAGGGCAAGUGCUUGGAUUGAUUGAUGACAUUCCUACUUGUCAUCAACUAGUUACUCGCAUGAUUGAUGAGGCUGAAACGAUCAUUAGUCAGAGACUAAGAAAUAUGAUAGUUUAGAUAAACUCCACUUUAACAAUGAACCUCUUGUACUUGUAUUACUUUCAUGUUGCUGAUGGGUUUUCAGAGCUU